AUGUGUAUAGGUGGUUGCGUGGCGUGUUUUCCGUGCCAUAAUAGACCCAGCCAAUCGCACGGUACUUCAACUCAUGACGUCACGUUAUCGCAAGCUCCUAUUGGCCAACGAUCGCCAAUCGCGGCUGGGCAGCAGAAAAAGUGGAGGAGGGUUGAGACAGGAGAACGGGCUCUCGACUUCUUCGUCCUCGGCAGCCGGCGACGGGGAUCGACGGUCCGAUCGCAGAGUCUCAAUCUCCCGAAGGAUCUCAAGAAGGAGGAGAACUCUUCGUUGGGCGAAUCGGCAACGUCAGGAUGAGCCUGGAAACGUUGCUGGAAGCGGCGCGGUUCGUGGAGCAGCAAGAGAAAAAGAGGGAGCGCCUCGCGAGCAGCUCUUCCUCCUCCUCUGAUCAUACGCUUGCUGUGACGCCCCACUCCAACCAUCACAGCUCCAGCGAGCCACGUGGUGCCAAAUUGAAGAGGGAGCGUACGGAACAAGAUGACUUGUUUUGCGAGGAGAAGAUGCUCAUUAUCGACGGUAAGUUGAAAAAAGUCGAAAAAAGAAAUACGUACAGUAUUACGGGGUAGUCCCCGCGUAACUGACCAACGCUUACCCCCACCAAAUCUUGGAAUUGGGACUGUCCUCGCUACCUUACCGUGAAACAUAACAUU